AUGGUUGGGAGCCUAAGAUACUUGUGCAAUACGAGGCCUGAUAUUAGCUACAGUGUGGGUUUGGUCAACAGAUUCAUGCAGAAUCCCAGAGUUUCUCAUCUGAAUGUUGUCAAAAGGAUUCUAAGGUAUCUAAAAGGUACCACUGAGUAUGGAAUUUUACUGCCUAAACAUGGAUCAGGAGGAGAGGUAAGAGUGACUGGUUACUCAGACUCGGAUUGGUGUGGAGACAAGGGUGAUAGGAAGAGUACAGCAGGGUAUGUGUUCUACUUUGAUGGGGCACCUAUUUCCUGGAGCUCUACGAAGGAACUAGUUGUAGCUCUGUUUUCAUGUGAAGUAGAGUACAUUGCGGCAUGUGAAGCCACUUGUCAGGCAGUCUGGCUUGACUCACUGAUGAAGGAGCUGAAGAUUGAAGGAAGAGGGAAAGUCAGACUGCUUGUUGACAACAAGUCAGCCAUUUACCUGACUAAGCAUCCUACAUCAUAUGGUAGGAGCAAACACAUUGAGACACGAUUUCAUUUUAUCAGAGAGCAAGUCAGCAAAAGGAAGCUAGAGGUGGUAUCCUAG